AUGGAUAUAUGGGAAGACCCAGAACAACAGAUGGCGGCGAAUACAGUUUUAGCUCAAGUACGCAAUACGUAUGCAAUCAACAUACUUCGACGAGUCAAAUCAAAACUAGAAGGAAAAGAUUUUGAUCAUGUCACAAAAAUGAGCGUCGAAGAACAGGUGGAUAAGAUCAUUAAACAAGCCACUGAUAUAGAUAAUUUGUGUGUCAUGUACGAGGGAUGGACACCAUGGAUAUAA